CCAGUACUGAGAAAGGCCGACUGAUGGCUCUCCUCUUGUAGCUCUGCUGUGGAAUCUGCCGGGCUUCACCACUGAUGUCCAAAAUGCCCCGAUCUGAUGCCACUGUGGAUGAUGCAGUGUUGCAGAAGAAAGAGCAGAAAGAUGUUGAACUGGAUAAGAAAAUCAUAGCUUUGCGGAAAAAGAAUGAAGCUCUUAUGAGAAGAUACCAAGAAAUAGAAGAGGACAGAAAGCGUGCGGAGCAGGAGGGAAUGGCUGUCACCUCAAGGAGACCCAGAUCAGAUGGCCUCACCAUCACGAUUACCAAAGCUCAUAAUGAGAAAAGAGUAGUGAGUGAAAAACGGGGAAGCAGCUGUUCUGCAGCCUCGAGCUUUGGGAUUGGUAGUGAGGAGGAGGAAGAUGACGAGGAAGCAGACCAUUUGUUUACAUUCAGGAUGGGAAAGAGGAUGCAGCUGGCAGUUACCAUGGACAAUAAGGCCAAGGGGAAGCGGAUUGUUAGUGAAAAACUGGGAUCACAGUGUCUUGGGAGCCCAGGGGAGGCCCCAGACAUCAGCGAGGAAGAGAUGGAUCAGCUGGUAGCUUUCCGCAGAGGAAGAAGAAUGCAGAUUGCUAUUACCAUGGACAACAAAAGCAAGGUGCAGGAAAAAAGAACGGUGGAGAGGAGGAAGUCAGAGGGUGACAAUCAUUCCGAAAAUGUUCUUGGUAGAAAGGAGAGAGGGAAAUCUCCCCAGAAGAGUCCAGGAGACAAGGGUUGUACCCUGUCUGGAAGAGAGAGGUCAGAAUAUAUGCGGUGGAAGAAAGAGCGAGAUCAGAUUGACCUUGAGCGACUGGCGCGCCACAAGAAUGCAAGGGGAGAAUGGCGGCGGGCUUGGGACAUAGAAAAAUCAGAGUGUCUGUUUGAAGAUACUAAGGAUGAGGAACUAGGGUUGGAUGGUGUCCACAGUAAGAAAGGUGCAAGAAAUAUCAGGAAAUCCCAGCUUCGAUCAUUGCCGUCUGAAGGAAAAAGUGGAGGACCACAUAGAAUGGGCACCAGUGAGUCUGCUUCCAGAGCAUUGCCAGUAAUGAGCAGUAAAGCCAGAGGAAAGGACCGAUUAACAGGCAGAGCCAGACGAUUGGAUGCCAAAGAAGCUGAAGAGCUGUCCUUCGUAAAGGAUAAUCCUGAUAACCGGGUGAGGCUAUAG